AUGGCGUCCAAUGGCACGGCCUCUCCCUCUUGCCUGGACCCUGCCGCGUUCAAGGUCGCCGUCACCGUAGUCCUCACCCUCCUCAUCCUCAUCACCAUCGCCGGCAAUGUGGUCGUCUGCCUGGCGGUGGGCUUGAACCGCCGGCUCCGCAGCCUGACCAACUGCUUCAUUGUGUCCCUGGCCAUUACUGACCUGCUGCUCGGCCUCCUGGUGCUGCCCUUCUCUGCCUUCCACCAGCUGUCCUGCCAGUGGAGCUUCGGCAAGGUCUUCUGCAACAUCUAUACCAGCCUGGAUGUCAUGCUCUGCACGGCCUCCAUCCUCAACCUUUUCAUGAUCAGCCUUGACAGGUACUGCGCCGUCACGGACCCCCUGCGCUACCCCGUGCUGGUCACCCCAGUCCGGGUCGCCGUCUCCCUGGUCUUAAUCUGGGUCAUCUCCAUCACCCUGUCCUUCCUGUCCAUCCACCUGGAAUGGAACAGCAGGCCUGAGAACCACAGUGACAGUCACACCACCCCCAAGUGCAAAGUCCAGGUCAACUUGGUGUAUGGUCUGGUGGACGGGCUGGUCACCUUCUACCUGCCGCUGCUCAUCAUGUGCGUCACGUACUACCGCAUCUUCAGGAUCGCCCGGGAACAGGCCAGGAGGAUUCACAACGUCGGCCCGUGGAGGGCGGCCACGCUCAGGGAGCACAAAGCCACGGUGACGCUGGCUGCCGUCAUGGGGGCCUUCAUUGUCUGCUGGUUCCCCUACUUCACCGUGUUCGUUUACCGGGGGCUGCAAGGGGACAGCGCUGUCGACAAGACCGUGGAAGACGUGGUCCUGUGGCUCGGCUAUGCCAACUCGGCCCUGAACCCCGUGCUGUAUGCCGCGCUCAACAGAGACUUCCGCACGGCCUACCAGGAGCUCUUCCGCUGCGGCCCUGCCAGCCACGAGGCGCGCAGAACUUCUCUGGGGUCCAACAGCUCUCAGCUGGUGAGGCAUCCAAGCCAGGGACCCAGCUGGCCAGAAGAGAGGCCGCUGAGGCUCCAGGUGUGGAGUGGGACUGAGGUCGCGGCCCCCCAGGGAGCCACAGACAGGAAUCCAGCACGAUCCCGCACCGCGUGCUCCAGAAACCUUCUCAGCUGCUGCAAGAGCCUUUGGGCGCUCAGGUUCCUCCAGAGACACGGGGGAGGCCCCUGGGAGGAGCAGCCAGGGACGCCACCGUCAGAGGAGCCACCAGCAACCCCCGCCCAGGAAUCGGUGAGGACGCUGCCCUCCGAGACUGUGUAG